UUAGGUAAUCUGUGGUGAAUAGAAGCCCUAAGCCAAUUUCUGAUUUGAAAGAUAUCUAAUGUAAACAAGUAAUUGUAUAAAAAAGGUGAUUUUUUAAUAUUAACACACACAAAUAUGCCACGAUUACCUUUACACUGUUCAUCUGGAACAGGUAUUAUUACGCCAUUCACUAAAGCAAUAAGAUUUGCUCGUUAUGGUUGCACUAAUAGACCGUUUUUUCAUAUUGUUGUGAUUGAUGUAAAAGCAGCAGAAACAAAACCACCAAUAGAACAAGUUGGUGUAUAUGAUCCUAUUCCAAAUAUGCAUAAUGAAAAAUUAGUGUCCUUCAAUUUUGAAAGAAUACAAUAUUGGAUUGCCAAAGGAGCACGAAUAUCCACGCCUGUUGCAGAUUUAUUAGGGCUCGCUGGAUUUUUACCUAUUCAUCCAAGAACAUAUAUGAGAGCAUGGAGAAAUCGCAGAACUGUAGAAAAGUGUUCUUAAAGAAAGUAUGUGCUAAGAAUAAACAGUUGUAUUUUAUGUAGUUAAGAUAAUUGUUACGUUAUGAACAUUUAUUUUGUACAAAUUUUGUUUAACAAUAAAAAUAUCAAUAAAUGACA